AUUUGAGAACCUUUGACAAAUAACCCAAAAACUUGUCACUGUCACAUACAUUUUACAAAUCUCCUAACAAAAAUGCAAAAAGCCCCAAAACCAGAACGUCAAUGGCCCGUGAUCGCCCCAUUCGAAGUUGUAAUCCACAAUCAACCCCAUGACUGUUGGGUGUCUUUCCUUGGAAAAGUGCUGGACAUCACCCCCCUGAUAACUCAAUACAAAGACCAACAAUGCGUCAAGCCACUGCUCGCUAUGGCCGGUAAAGAUAUUAGCCACUGGUUCGACGAGAGAACUGGUGAUAUAAUGCACUACGUUCAUCCAGAAACUGGAAUUAAAGUCCCAUACUGUCCACAUGGACCGUUGCCUGAUGUCCAAGUGAAUGUGCCAGCGACUGCUUGGACGCGACAGGAUAGACCCCCAUGGUGGAAAGACGAGAAGUACCAAAUUGGUCUUUUAAGUAAAAAAACCCGACCCAUAAGGAUCAUCAAUAUGCUCACAAUGGCUGAAGUCACCAUUACCGUGUGCUGCGAGGAUACGUUUUACAGGAUCCUUGAGCGAUAUCGGCUGUUUAAUAGUGAUGCGAGCAGUUACACUUGGAGGUAUUUGGACAAUAAUAUUGAUAUGACUAAGACGUUGGAGGAGAACGGGAUUCCCGAUGAAAGGGAGAUUUUUACGGAGCUGGGUUUGCCCCAGAACUUUUAUAUGCCCAGUAUAUUUUUGUAUUAUAAUGACGAUUUGAAGUGGGCUGUAGAGAAUGAUUCUGAUGAUGAACAAACAGCAACUUAGGAUUACUUGUAAAAUAAUGUAAUUUUUAUUGAUAUAUAUACAUUUUUUUAAAUUA